CAAAAAGAAAGUUCUCGCAUAAACUCAAUAAAAGACGAAGGAUGAAGACGCUCGCCGUCCUGAUUCUUGCUUUAACCUUCUGCCGUGAAACUGAACCCAAUGAAAACAAUGACAAAGGUUCUCAGCACUCAGGAUCAACCAGCUGUUCUAACAUCUGUUCCCUCAUGUCGAUGAGUGAGAAAAUGGGAGUGCUGGUGGAGAAAAUUGCAAAUAUGGAAAACAAAAUAACAUUUCUGGAAACAAGCCUUCAAAAAACUGAAAAAGAAGUCCUGGAGCUACGAAGCCUCGCUGCAGACAAACCUCAGGUGGCUUUUUCUGCAGCUCUCUUGGACUCUGGCCAUGGAGACACUGGACCUUUUAGCACUGCCACUCCACUCAAGUAUAAAAAGGUUUUCUCCAACACUGGCAAUAGCUACAAUCCAGCAACUGGGAUUUUCACAGCGAUGGUCAAUGGGAUGUACUUCUUUCGAUUCUCCAUGUUCAACAACCUCGCUCAAACUCCCAACUCAGUUGUGAGCCUGAUGAAGAACAGUGAAAGGUUAACGUCGGUCUGGGACACCAACGGGUCCGACAGCAACGACAUGGGCAGCAACGCGGUGGUAAUCCCUCUGAAAGUGGGAGACACCGUGUACGUGGAGCUGCAGCCAAACAGGAUCGUCUACGACGAUGCAAUGAACUACAACACAUUCACCGGCUUUCUGCUGUUCACCGUGUAAUUCAGUGGUUAAAAGUUUCUAAAAUCAAACAACCUGCGGCUUCGGAUGUUCUCAGUCCAUUAAAUGGACGUUAGAGUUGUUGUUAUCCCCAUGGGUAGCGUUCAGUCUGUUCCCUCCUACCUCCUAGUAGGUUUAAAGUUACCUUUUUAUGGGUGAUAAUAUGCAUCGCGGCUCACGUGUAACACCGGAAGUGUAUUUUAGUUAGCUUUAUGUAACCCUUUUCCUAAACCUAACCUUACACCUGACCCAGACCACUGACCCUAAACUUAACACCCUUACCCUUGAACCUUAACCUAACCCUGACCCUAAACCUAACCCCCAGACCCGUAUAAAACGUAACCCCAAGACCCUUGAGUCAACUUAACCACGUGACCAUAUUAUCAGCAAUAACAACAUACCUUUAAACCUACUAGGAGGUAGAGGAGGGGCAGUCUGACCGCUAAGUAUGGGGAUGAUAACAACUAAUAACAGCCAUUUAAUGGAUGAGGUGAAAUAACAUGUGAUGUUGAUGAUCACCAUGUUGUGAAUGGGUUUCUUUUUUUAGUUGCAGUGAGCUGAAUAACUGAUAAGAUACAAGAAUAAAAUAAAAGUAAAUUG